GCAGUCAGUAUGAGACGAGCGCGUGCGCAGGUCGACGCCAUUUUGUUUAUUUCGUAUUUCGAAGCGUUAAACCUUUUUUACGUUUGGCUUUCGGUAUUCGGUAUUACCGGUUAUGUUGACAAGGUUAUACGGAAACAAGAUAUUGUCGGGCAAAUCCGUGUGCUUUAAGUACCUUGAAAAAAUAAUGUAUCACUAAAUGCAUACCGUGACAGUGGUGUUUUAGUAAUAAAAAUGAGAUUAUUUGGAUUACCAUUUAAAUAGCGAUCAACCCACCCUGGAUAAGUGCAGUGACCGUGCAAAUAAACAGUGUUUUCAAUAUUCAUAAUAGUGAUACCACAUUCCACUAGCUAUUGUGUGUAAAAACAACAGUUAGCCAACUAGUUUACUGCGCGCGUCCUAACAAUCGCUGUGCAUGUGUCUGUGAUGUGGUCGAACGGGGGACAAAUGAAGCGACGCAGGCCGCGGCAUAUCACAACGGUUCAAUGAAAAUGAAUAUGAUAAUACAUGUUAUUGGCAUCGUAUCAGGAUGCAUCUCUAUUGCAUCAACACAACUACUGCCGCCGGGCUUCGGCCUUCCCGCCAUCACACACGUGGACCGCAACUGGGAUGUGAUGUCCACCACGCCAAUCGGUGCCGUGGUGACGGUGGUCAGGCGCGACAGGACCGGCUCCGAACCUGUGACCUUCGGGCUGGAGACUACGGGACCGCCGACGCCCUUCCAAAUCAUGCCGGACACUGGAGUCGUUAUAGUUAACGAUACAUUAAAAGAUAAGGAAAACCAAACCUACUCACUAUGGGUAACUGCUUCCGAUGGCAGUUCAAUACCACAACGCACAGAAGUGUACGCAACGAUCACCGACAAAUCAGGCACGAGGUCAAAAGCGCCUCGUCCACCGCGGUUUCCUAUUCCGUAUCCAAACAUAGAACCUGACUUUCCGAGACCUACUCAAAGGACUACCAAAGCAACAGAACCAAUCACAUCCGAAGUUACUUUACCCGAUACAGUUAAAACUACUACGAUAGCAACACCAGCGUUCAGUAAAGUCGAAGAACCACGUGAAGACAAAAUGGUGGAUCAGGAAGAACCAAAGCGUAAUGUUUCUAAAGUGCCAGUCGAAGAACCUACAUUAGGCAGUGAUGUUCCUUUAACAGUGAUACCUCUAGUUGCUAUAGGUGGAUUGGUGAUAAUAGUUGCAGCUGUUAUAAUAUUUGUUUGGAAAAAGAAUAGUGGUAAUAGAACGAAGCCAAAUAAGGAAGACAUGAGCAAAGACUCGAGUGGCAUCGUGCUACAAGACUCUUUCAACGUGUGGGACCGCCCGCGCGCUUAUUCCAAUCGAUAUGAGUCCUGGGAUACCAAUCAUUUACAGAUAUCUGAAGAAACAACAAUAAGUAGCAAAGAAGAGCAGCGUGACGAGUGGGAGUUCCCGCGGCAUAGGCUGAGGAUAUUCAACAUCGUGGGUGAAGGCGCUUUUGGUCAAGUGUGGCGGGCGCAGGCUAUAGAUAUAGACGGUAAAAAAGGAGAACAGACGGUAGCUGUGAAAACGUUAAAAGAAAAUGCUUCUGAAAAAGAGAAAACCGACCUCAUACAAGAGUUAAAUGUCAUGAAAAACCUAGGAACUCAUCUAAACGUCGUCAGGCUAAUAGGAUGCUGCACUGAAAAGGAGCCAACACUAGUGAUCAUGGAAUUCGUGAGUCUCGGCAAACUGCAGCAGUUCCUUCGCGACUCGCGCGCCGAGCGUCACUACGGGAACACACACGGAGGCAGUCAGUUCCUGACCUCACGGGACCUCACACACUUCGCCUUCCAGAUCGCUAGGGGCAUGGACUUCCUUAGCUCUAAAGGGAUAAUCCACAGGGACUUAGCAGCCCGCAAUGUACUCAUCACUGAGGAGAGAACUUGCAAAGUGGCUGACUUCGGCUUUGCGAGGGACGUGGCUGGUACACACGUCUAUGAGCGCAAAAGUGACGGACGUCUACCUAUUAGAUGGAUGGCUCCAGAAUCAUUAUACGAUGACAUAUUCAGCGUCAAAUCUGACAUAUGGAGUUUUGGGGUACUUCUCUGGGAGAUCGUGACCCUGGGUUCUACGCCUUACCCUGGACUAUCCGCUGGAGAUGUCAUGAGAAAGGUUCGUGAAGGCCAUCGUCUGGAGAAACCAGAACACUGUCGGCGCGAGCUAUACAACAUCAUGUACUACUGCUGGGAGGCGGAACCCACCGCACGGCCCGACUUCACAGAGAUCGUCGGCAUGCUGGAGCGACUGCUGUGCACUGAAAUGGAUUACAUCGAACUCGAACGGUUCCCCGAUCACUCGUACUAUAAUGUGCAACAUUUGGAUGGUGAAAAGUUAUAGUAGUAUCGCUUGACAGUGACAGUUACAUAGUAGUAGGGGAGCCAAAGAGUGGAUUUUUGCAGUUACUCGAGCGCGGCAGAUAAACGUAAGAGACUAUCGUUGCACGUUGUUGAUUACCUCCACCAAGUAUGAUACCUUAAUAUCCUAUACUAUCCUAUCCUACUAAUAUUCUACGAUUAUUAUAAAUGCGAAAGUUUGUGUGUAAGUGUGUAAGUAUGUUUGUUCCUCUUUUACACUGCGGCUACUGAAGCGAUUUAGCUGAAAUUUGGAAUGGAAAUCGAUUUUACUCUAGAUUAACACAUACGCUACUUUUCCCGCGGCAUUUGUGAAAAACUGAAUUCCACACGGACGAAGUCGCGGGCGUGCGCUAGUUGGUGGAUACGUUUAGGGCGACCAAAAAAACUAAAUUCAGAAAUACUCAACCAGCACAUCAGAUGACAGGGUAGAUGAGUUGAUAGCUAAAAACUGCACUUUUAGAAAAUCUGAUGAUUUGAGCGUAAUGUAAUGGAAUGGGAAGGUUUCAUAGUUACAUAUUAAAACCCUUAUAUUUUAGUUCUCGAGUUACGAGCGCGAUUAAUUUUUUACUUAUUUUGAAAGACCUCCUAAUUAAUGGCUAAAAUUUUCUGGCAAUUUUAGUAAGCCUGUAGUUUUUUUUCCACCGCUAUAAAAGUAAUAACCAUUUAUUCUUCCUAUUAUUUAAACUACCAAAUGCAAUUGGUCCCCAUGACGCUCGAGUAACUGCAAAUUUAGCAUCCCGGGCUCCCCUACUAUAGGGUUAAAUGCAUUGUUGUGUGGAAAGUUGUGGAAUUUGAUUCCACAAGUUUCCACAGUUGCAAGUGCGUAGAAAAAACAAUCUGGAAAAUAGGGUAGUUGUUGAAUUCCAGUCAUGUCACUUAAUGUAAGUUUUUUUUUAUAGUGAGUGAUAAUAAUAGUCUUAUUAAGUUAUUAGCUAUUCCACUGUUAAAAAGACUAAAGGUACUGUUACACAUGCUCUGAAAUAGCAUGCUAAAAACGUGCUAUUAAGUAUGCUCCAUACGAGCAUGCUUAUCAUCAGUUUACAUUUGCUAGCAAUAAGCAUGCUAUUUUUAAGUAUGCUCCUGCAUACUCAAAGCAAACAUUCCAAUUACACAUGCUAAUUUGUAUCUAUCGCUCUCUGUCUAUAGUAUCUUGUUAGACAAGGAGGGAUGAAGGUGAAGAGAAAAUAGAAUAGCAAUGCUGAUCGACUAGCAUACUCAAUAAGUAGCAACUGCUCAAUAGAAGCAUGCUUUCGUGCUUGAAAUGAGCAUGUGUAACAGUAGCUUAUAUAAGAGAAAGGAGUGCAAAGAAGCUUUUUAAUUAAUACGAAAUCAUUAUCUAUUAUAAUAAAAACCAUUUUACAAACAGUUGUCAAACCACCAACGAACAACACCUGAUGUUUUUCUUAGAAAUUAAUAAUUCAUAACCUAACGCAGCUGGGAAUCAAACCCAAGGCUUUCACAUUAUACUUAAUAAUAUAUAAGCUAACGCUAAGUACCUACUUUCAAUGUUUGAUGAAUAAAAUAUUUUACUACGUAAUUUUAAUGGAUUCGUUUUAUGUCAAUAUUAUUCAAGCUAUUGAGGGAAAAUAUUUCGGUGUAUCGGAAAUUAAACAGUUGAAGUAUCGGCCGAUUUAAUAUCGUUAUUACAUCGGUCAAGCAGCUUUGGACCUUUUUUCUGUGAUAUUGGAAAACUUUUAGGUCUUUAUGCCGUCUGGGUUAGGAAUUAGUUUGAAAGUGUGACCUCUACUAGUUAAAUUUUUAAUAUAUAUCAAGGUCAGUCUUUUUGAAUAAAUAUUUUUUUAUAUAAAUACAGAGAAUGCUAAAAGCAGACAGCUGUUGGCGAUAAACAGAAUGGUGUCGUUUUUCAUCUUUUUAUUUAAAAUUUCGCUAGAAAACUGAAAAUUGGCGUGUGAGUUAUUACUUGCUGUUUUUCAUUUUUUUUUAUUACUCUUCAGACUGUUAUUAGAGUGAGUGGACUUGAAUCAAAACCAUGACCUUUAAAUUAAUAAAAUCCUCAUUUGUGGGAAUUGGUACAAAAACAUUUUGACGUGACAACGUCUUAUAAUUCGAUGGAGCUGCAAACUCAAAAAAAGAUGACGUCAUGCGUCGUUCCCUAACUCUAGGUUUGCCAACUUUUUUACAAGAAAUAAAGUAUAUUCUGGUCUAUGAAGAUUAUUAUGGUCUAUAUUCAUUGUUUUAGAAAAACGAACAUUUUCUUUUGAUAAAUGCAACCUUUCCAUCAGUAUUUUCUUAUGACGUUGUCACGUUCAACUAUCGUCAGUAAACCGACUUUACAGACAACCGAUUUUUAAAAAAAGUAUAAUACAGUUUUUUUUGUACUUUAAAAGUUAGUCUUUGACUACAAUCUCACCUAAUGGUAAGUGACGAUGCAAUAUAAGAUAGAAGCGGGCUAACUUGUUAGACGUAGGAUGAAAAACUACACCCAUUUCGAUGUUUUGCUUAACUUAUAUUAUUUAAGAAUAUUUUUUAUUAUUCAAGUCUCAUGUUAUCUACUUAUAGACCAUUUUUGUAAAUUUAUGACAUUUUCGCUUAAUUGAUAAUAAUUUUAUAAUAAAAUAAUAGUUAAUUCAUUUGCACAUUUUUGUAUAUAAUUUAUCACACCAAAAAAAUAGACUUAAUUUCUUUGACCGUGGCAUUCUACACGAAUAUGCAGUCGUAAAUCUUGGCAUCAUUCCAAUGUACAGUAAUAAUUAGUUUUAGCAAGUUUAAAUUACGAAUAGAAAUAAGAUUUAUUGUAACAUUUUUAAUAAAAUUAUUCGUAAAUAAA